AUGGAACGCAACAGUGAACGGGACCAGACUUGGAGGCCGACAAAGUCCGAGGCCAAAGGAAGCAAGGCUAAAUCAGUGCACGCGGAGAGCGCGACCGAGGAUAGGCGGAUGGUCGUGAAGCCGGAGCCUUCCUCCACACUAUUGCUUCCCUUCGCCCAAAACAUAAUGGACGUUCAGAUUUUGGAACAAUUCAUUGCACCGCAAUUCAAAAUGUAUGACGGGACCACGAACCCCGAGGCCCAAAUCAAAACGUUCUCAAACGCCAUGGCGUUCAGAACAAGCAACGACGCUAUUUGGUGUCGGGCGUUUUCGUUGUCUUUAGAAGACGAGGCACUGGAAUGGUUUAACUCUCUACCCCCCAACUCCAUAGAAAAUUUCGCCAGCCUGACACGACUGUUCAACUGGCAAUUCGCGGCCAAAAACACACAAGACCUGACCGUGUUCGAGUUGGUCACCCUCAAGCAGGGAAAGGAAGAAACGCUGAGAGCGUUCAUGGACCGAUACCAGAAGACCGUCCGGCGAGUGAAGGCGUUAAGCCCCGAGCUUGCCCUCCACUACAUCCUCCCAACGCUUAAGCCGGGACCGUUUAAAGACAGCGUUUAUCGACGGGCUCCCAAAACUAUCGAAGAGUUGACAGAACGGGCGGCAUACAAGAUAAGGGUAGAGGAGAUGAAAUUGUCUUACAAGAAGGAGAGUCAGGAGCUUAGGGGGGAGAGGUCGGACGUUGGGAAGCCCGGUAGCUCGGCUGGAAAGUCGGGCGAUCAAAGGCAGAAGGAACCAAGGCGGGGACCCCGUUUUCAAUAG